UAUUGAAGACAUUGAAAGGCAUUGUCUUAUCUUUACAUCAGCCUUGACUAGAAAUGUCUGGAACACAAUCCUCAGCUUUUUACCUGAUGUGUCUGCUGUCAGUGUGUGCAGCAUGCUAUAUCUCCAACUGCCCCAUUGGUGGCAAGAGGGCUGUACAGGAUGUCCCUGCUCGACAGUGUAUGGCUUGUGGACCUGGAGACAAGGGCCGAUGCUUUGGUCCCAGUAUUUGCUGUGGAGAGGAAAUGGGCUGCUUGGUGGGCACUCUAGAGGCCAUGCACUGUUUGGAGGAAGACUAUGUGCCCUCUCCGUGUGAGGCUGGUGGAAAAGCCUGUGGCUCUGGACAGGGUCGCUGUGCGGCACCAGGUGUUUGCUGUGACUCAGAGAGCUGCAGCGUUGAUCAGUCCUGUCUGGAAGGUGAAGGCGAUCUACCCUCUAUGAGUCUACCUGCCAACAGCAAAGACCUCCUGCUGAAACUUCUUCACUGGACAAACUACAGACUUAACCAAUAAGUGUAACCUGCAGUGAUGGCAUAAUAAUGAGGACCAAACCCUAGUGUGUUUAUAGUAUGAAAAAAUACAUCUUAGAUUACCUUUGUACAGAGUUUGUAAAAUUAAAAUCAAACAUUGUAGAUGGAAAUAUUAAUAUGCUCUGGCAUUAUGUUGAUUCUGUUUGAAACAAUAAAACCUUUACAAGUUGGACCACU